UCUCUCUUAUUCAUUUAUUCUCUUCUUUUCACUACAAAUCAUCAGAUGGGCCAAACAAAGAAACUAAAAAUUCUCAUAUCAUUUCUCAAAGACAAAACUUCCAUUAUCAAAACUGCUCUAUCAGCAAAACGACACACAAAAAUACACAUAUCGAUCCUCCGUGCCACCACACAUGACGCCUCCUCGCCACCAUCAGACCACCGCAUCGCCGCUGUGCUCUCUAGGAGCCAUCUCUCUAGCCAUGACGCGGCUUCGACAUGCACUUAUGCUCUUAUGAACAGACUACAUAGCACAAAAAAUGCUUCUGUUGCCCUAAAAUGCCUAUUCAUCAUGCAUGUUAUUAUAACAAAAGGCUCUUUUAUUCUCAAAGAUCAUAUAUCUAUUAAUCACCCUUCGUUUAUAGGUAAAAAUGUUCUUAAUCUUUCGAAGUUUCGAGAUGGAUCAAAUUCUGAAUUGUCUUCUUGGGUAAAAUGGUAUGCAACCAUUAUAGAACAAAACAUGAGUGUUUCAAGAUUUCUUGGUCAUUACUUGAUAAACAAGAAAGACAAAGAAAUUCAAGAUUUACCAGUUUUGAGUAAAGAUUUGAUAUCAGAAAUCGAUGUACUAGUCGAUUUUGUGGAAGUAAUAAGUCAAGUUCCUGAAUCUUUAGAUCUGCAAAGAAACAAUUUGAUUUAUGAGAUAGUUAGAUUGGUUUCAGAUGAUUACAGAUUGGUUCAACGUGAAAUAUUCAUCCGAAUUUUGGAACUCGGGGAAAAAAUUACGAGUUUGAGUUACAGUGAGUUGACUCAGUUUCUUGGUAACUUGAAACAAAUUGAGAAUUGUAGAGAAAGAUUGCGUUUGCUGCUUGUUAACAGGAAUAGGAACGAUUCAUUAUGGGAAUCGUUGAGUGAGAUAAAGAUUAAGAGUGAAGAAAUGAUUGUGGAAAAAGGAAAAAUUAAGUUGUUGAAAAUGGAGAGUACAAAAUAUUCAAGUCAAUUGAAUUCUGGUGUGGAUGAUUGGUGGAAUUGGACCAGGUUUUCUUAGGCUGUUCUACAAUUUAUUUAUUUUUGACCUUUUGUAAUUUGUUUUCAAUUAAAUUUUUGUAUAGUAUAUAUUUCUAGUAGGUAUGAAUUAUUCUAACUUAAAUUUUAUGUUAUGGUGUAAAUUGUGCAUAUACAUGCGAAGUAAUGGAUUUGAAUAUUACAUAAAUAAAUAAAUGUUUCAAUUGAA